AUGGGGCGCCGGCCAAAUGCUGUGGUGUUGCAGUACUUCGAGCGAGGCCAGAAGCUGGCUGAUAACUCGAACAGGUACUCGCACACCUGCAAGCUAUGCGGGGAGGUCUUCCCCAAGGGUCGCAUUGACAGCCUCACAAACCACUUGACAAAGAAGUGUGUCGCAAUUAGCGAGGCUGAUCGAAUCAAUGCCUGUCUUGCCCUCAAUGGCAUCAGCCAUGCCAGCCACCGGAACAAAAAUCAUGUCCAGCCUAACGGUCCUCCCGUCGACCUUCCUCUGAUCCAGCAACAGCAGCAGCAGCAACAGCAGCGCGACUGGACUGCCCUCGAAACUCUUGCCGAAGUCUCAAGACAGGCAUUCAACGACGAGAAACACGAUGACAAUGGACAGGUGGUAAAUGGUGUGCCGCAGACGCCGCCACCUGCAGGCGCAGGACCUCAUGCCUCCGAGCGUUUCGAACUCCAGGAGCAGUAUACCCUUGAUAACCCGCCGUCUGCAUAUAGCAAUGGUGUGCCUCAAGAGAAGCGAACGCCUCAGAAAUCUUCUCCACCACCCGAGAACGUGCUCAGUGCCGAGGAGCAAUUGCAGGCUCUGGUCCAGUCUACAACCUCUGCCACCGAGCAACCGAAUCUCUCAGUUGCCGCUGCAGCCACGGCGCGACUCAACCCUUCUCUGCUCGAUCCCCAGCUUCUUGGUGAAGACCUGGCUCGUGCACUAGAGCAACCAUUGCUGCAGGCACCUCCGUUGCCCGCCGAGGCCACCCCAGCGGCUAUCAACAAUCCUGCCCAACCUUGGGGCGAGAUCACAUAUAUGACACAGACUCUGCAACCAGUCACUUUACCGGAUGACGUUGCUACAAGCGCGACUGUUCUGAAUAAAGGAGGCUUUAGACUCGACAGCCCAAACGGCGCUAAAGCAAGACACUCUCGCGCCAGAUUUGAUGCGACACGACGUAAGGAGGUCCAAGAAGUUCGAAAACUGGGUGCUUGUAUUCGAUGUCGAAUUCUUCGCAAGAACUGCUCUGUCGGACACCCCUGUGAUACUUGCCGAAAGGUCUUAUCGCCUAGAAUUUGGCGGUCUGGCUGCGUGCGUACCAAGUUCACCGAACAACUGGACAUCUAUUCUGCUGGCGUGCAAAUUGUUCUUGCGCAGCACAGAAUCAACAACUUCAAAGCCACACUGAAUCUAGUCAACAAUGGUGUUGUUAUCGAAGCCUACCUAUUCCCAGAAACUGAGAAAUGUGUUCGCGCCGAGGUCGUCCAGGGCACUGGAUUGAAAAACCCAGAUGCCGACCCGCUAGGUGCAGAUGUCAACAAUUGGGCCAAUAUGCCAGUCGUCAUGCUUGAUAACGAUAAGGAAGAUGUACCGGCCAAACUAGAGGCUUUCAUGAAAGACAUGCUACAUGAGUUCGUUCAUAGGGAGACGUCUCAUUUCAUGCGUGUUACGCUGGAAUCAGCUCUCGAGAUUAUUCAAGAGUCAAAUGACGAAUUGUUGAAGAAGGCGCUUGAACUCUGGGGCUUAGUUGAAGUCUUGGACAGGGAGCGGGCGUGGAAUAUCCUGGUUAAGCCGACCGCAGUCGAUGAGGAGCCCAUGUGGAUCAAAGAAGACACGGACCAAGAAACCUACACGACCAUCUGCUUACAGCUGACUGCAGCUGCCGAGCGUAAAGCAGCAGCUACUAGCAAGAGUCUGCUCACUGGCAUGCAACGCGUUCUGCAGGACAGCAAGACGAAGGUCGACUUCAGCAUGUUCUUCACCACUAUGAUCCUCCUCAAUUGCGUAGAGAAGACAACUUGGGCUUUCAAGGCAUGGGAGCAGGAUAGUCUCCGCGCCAUGUGGCCUCUUGAGAAGCCGCCCAGCUCUUUCACUCAGCAAGGCUACGUCGUGGCCGAUCUUCUGAGGAUGCUGCUUGGCAUUCGCAAGGCUCUACCCCGUACAGCUUGCCGUGAGUCUGACGGCAUUCUCAUUACAGAGGAGCAAGACCCAGUCAUGCAAUCCUACUUUCAAAGCAUGAACUUGAGCAUGGCUGAAGUGCAGAACAAGCAGCAGAACCCUGCGUUCUCACCGACAGAUUCUCGCUCUUUCGACCUCCUGUUCUGCUCUACCUUGCUGCUCCCAGAGCAACCUGCUUAA